AUGUCAAAUCGUAACCAAUUAGAUCCAAGGGAGUCGGGGAACACUGGUAUAAAUCCCAAUAUAAAUGGUAAUCAUAAAAACUGGUUAUCUAUAAUUAAAAAGUUUAUUUUAUUUGUGGGACCGGGCGUAAUGGUUAGUGUAUCAUACAUGGAUCCUGGAAAUACUUCAAUGAACGUAUCCUCUGGUGCACAAUAUGGUUAUAAAUUAUUAUUUGCUAUUUUUUUUUCAAAUAUCUUUGCCAUUAUAUUGCAAUGUUUGUGUGUAAAGUUAGGAAUAGUUACCGGCAAAGAUUUAGCUGAGAAUUGCAGGGAACACUUACCCAGAAAAUUGAAUUACUUCAUUUAUGUCUUUGCAGAAUUGGCAAUUAUAGCUACAGAUUUAGCUGAGGUUGUCGGAACUGCAGUUGCUUUAAAAAUUUUGUUUAAUAUACCUUUAAAUAUCGGUGUCCUGCUUACCGUUUUAGAUGUUUUGAUCAUAUUAUUAUUCUAUAGACCUGAAAAACAUUCAAUGAAAAAUAUUAGAGGCUUUGAGAUAUUUGUUAGCAUUUUAGUAGCGGGCACUAUUUUUUGUUUUAUUUUGGAAUUAUUUAAAAUACAAAUCAAAAGUAAACUAAAAUUAUUCGAAGGAUUUUUACCAUCGACCGUCAUUUUCAAAGAAACCCAGGCAAUGUAUUUAUCCAUUGGUAUUGUUGGAGCCACAGUUAUGCCACACUCUUUAUACCUAGGGUCAAGUCUAGUUAAAUCACGUUUAAAUGACUUUGAUUUGAAAAAAUAUGGUAAGAUUAAAAGUAAACCAUCUUUGAGCGCAAUAAAUUACACUUUAGGUUAUUCCUACGCAGAAUUAAUAUUUACAUUGUUUUUUGUAGCAACCUUCGUUAAUUCUGCAAUUUUGAUCAUAGCAGGUGCCACGUUGUAUGGACAGCCAGAUGCUGAUGAUGCAGAUUUAUUAACAAUUUACGAUUUAUUGUGCCAAUAUAUUACACCAGCGGCAGGGUUAAUUUUCGCUUUAGCAAUGUUAUUUUCCGGUCAAUCAGCUGGUAUCAUAUGUACAAUGUCUGGCCAAAUCGUCUCGGAAGGGUUUUUGAACUGGUCUAUUGCUCCAUGGAUGAGAAGAUUGAUAACCAGAAUGCUUGCUGUCAUCCCUUGUUUUUUUGUUACUAUAUUUUUUGGCGAAAAGGGUGUUUCUGGUAUUUUGAACUUGAGUCAAGUUAUACUAAGUUUUAUGCUACCUGUAGUAUCUGCUCCAUUGAUCUAUUUUACAUCUUCAAAGAAAUAUAUGCUCGUGGAGAAGGAUGUGGAUGAAACUCUAGCCUCACAAGAACAUGAAUUACCCACUGAAUUGACGCCAUUGAACAACAAAUACGUGGAUUUUAGUAAUUCAAAAUUAAUGCGUUAUACUGGGUUUUCCGUUUGGUUGUUUAUUGGAUCCUUAAAUUUGUAUAUGGUUAUAUCAUAUUUAUUGGGUGCAGAUAUUCAUUUUUAA